GCCGGCCUUGGCCCACGUGUCCGGAGGAAGUCCCAGCCUACACAAGUCACGUUGGCAGACGGUCACACGCACAAGUCAAUCAACCGGUGCAUAGAUGACGUCCCCGUCUACUUUGCCCCGCAUGCAAGCGAGGCGGUGUCCUUCGAUAUUUGGACACAAAUUCGACAUGAUCUUGGGCAUGUCAUGGCUGCGAAGCGAGGAUCACCCGGUGAACUUCUACCGCCGCACAGCUCACGUCCGUGAUCGGAACGGAGUACUAGUCCCAUGCACAGUAGCUCCUCCUCACCCUUCGAUCAGCUGCCACGUGGUGUCCAAACGACAUCGAGGAAAUGGGGGUGUUUUCUCUGCGCCCUCCCGCCCCAUGACGCUUCAUCGACGGACUCAUCACCGAGCUACGGCGACGUGUUCGAAAGCCCGCACGGGGUAGUACCGGAUGGGCCCAUCCACCACGAGAUCAUCCUCGAGGACGGGGCCAUACCUCCACGCGGUUGCAUCUACCGAAUGAGCGAGGAAGAGUCAAGUGUGCUACGGGCACAACUCGAUGACCUUUUGGAGAAAGGCUGGAUUCAGCCUAGCUCAUCGCCAUACGGUGCUCCCGUUCUCUUUGUCCGGAAGAACAACAAGGAUUUGCGGUUGUGCAUCGAUUAUCGCAAGCUCAACGCGCAAACGAUCAGAAACGUCGGCCCUCUUCCACGCAUCGACGACCUUCUCGAACGGUUGGGCGGUGCCAAGUUCUUCUCCAAGCUUGACCUCAAGUCGGGAUAUCACCAACUUGAGAUUCGGAAGGAGGACCGCUACAAGACCGCGUUUAAGACGCGAUAUGGGCAUUUCGAAUGGCUGGUUAUGCGAUUUGGCCUUAUGAAUGCCCCAACCACUUUCCAAGCGGCUAUGACAACGGAGUUUCGACACAUGCUGGAUCGAUUUGUACUUAUCUACCUCGACGACAUCCUGGUGUAUAGUCGGAGUUUGGACGAGCAUGUGGAACACCUGCACACCGUUUUGGAGCGGCUACGACAAGCCAAGUACAAAGCCAACCGCGACAAAUGCGAAUUCGCGCGGCAGGAGCGGGAGUACUAGGACAUUACGUGACGCCGCAAGGCAUCCGUCCGCUUGCGGACAAGAUCGAGGCCCUCCGCGUAUGGCCCGAGCCCACCAACAC